AUGCACAUUUACUUUAGUUUAUAUCUUGUACUAAUAAUCACAAGUUUAGAUGUUAUAGGAGUGAAGUUUAGCGAUAAUAUAGCGACUUUCAUCUCUCCUUCCUAUCAUAACACCCAACUUUGCAACUUAUUUGCCAAGAGAGUCAAAAUAAGACAUGGAAUCCCUUCUGACGGCAAAAAAUUUACUUUGGAAGACUUGAUUCAGCAAAAUAUCCUUCCUCAACCUCCAGUCUUUGACAAUGAUCCAGGGUACAACCGCUUCCACAAAAUAGACUAUAAGUCUUUAGCUCGUAAGCACUUAAAACUUGAACAACAAAGGAUAGCCAGGCUGGAUCAAUAUUUCAAUGAUUCUUCCAAGCAAUAUACACUAACUGAAUUGCUAAAUAUUCUAAAUGAACAUGGAAUCUAUCCUUACAUGUCAAUCAGCACAACCAUUGAAAUGCUUAAUAGAUUCAAAUACGCAAUACACAAUUAUAUAUCAGUUAAUAAUUAUUUAUGUGAUGAAUUAGUAGAUUUGAUACACAAAAAUAGAGGGUUUUUAAGGAUUAUUGGCUCAAUACGGCGAUGUAUGAAGAUUCUUAAAAGGGUUAUCGUUAGAGAGGCACUGUUGGACGAUCCUAAAAUAAAAAAAUCGCUUCCUCAAUUUAAAAAUAGUGAUAUUGUUGACAUUUUUGAGGUACUAUCACUUACCAGAUACAAAAAUGAUAUUUUAAUUACACUCCUCAUAAAUUAUGUCGAAGAUCAUUUAAAGAAUUUUACUAUAAAUCAAUUAUGUAACAUUGUUUAUCACAUAAGCAAGCUAAAAUACAGUGCUAUUGGAAUUGUUAAAAAUUUAACUUCACGUGUAACUGAAUUAACUCAUUUAUCUCCUCAUGAUUCAUUACUUGUUUCUGAGGCACUAGUGUCAUUUGAUUAUGUACAGAAAGAUGUUUUUGAUAAACUAGCUGAUGAUAUUUUAAAUGGCAUAGAAGAUUUUGAAGUAAAGGAAUUAAUUAGAUUAUUUAAGACAUUCACCUCAGCUGAAUAUAUAAACGAUGAUUUUUACACUCGUGUUACAGAGGCCAUAUCAAAUAAUCUAGACAAAUUAGAUACUGCUAGCUAUGUCAUGGAUCUACUAUCCUCGCUAUCACAUAUGAAUAUGAAAAUUAGUCAUUUAUUAGAUUUCAUAUCUGUGUAUAUUAACACUAAUUUUUCAUCAUUUUCACCAACCCAACUAGCUUCAAUUUCCAAGUAUCUUGCUAUGUUGCAUUGUUAUCCCAAGGAAUUAUUUAAGAAGAUAUUCAGUCUUCCAAUAUUUUCUGUUAUACCAGAUAUGGAAGUGAUGAACCACAUCAGAAUGGGCUAUCACAAAAACAACUCUUACACGGCUUAUUUACAUAAGUAUCCCUUCUGUGAACUUGACAAGUUGUACAAUAAAAUUUUUAUCGCAUACAAAUCAUACCAUCUGGAGUCAUCCGCUACUGAUAAGGAUCAAUUCAAGUUUACUGAGAAGAACGAGAGGAAUUUGAGAGAUAUAUUUUUGUACCAAUCCAGAGAAAAAAUAUUUACAUCUUCUUCCAUACACUUGGAAAUUGCAGAUAUAUACAGAAACCAAUUCAAUAUCAAUUUCCAUGUCGGAUUUCCGUCGGAUGAAGGCUUUUUAAUUGAUCUUGCCUAUGUUACUGAUGAUGGUGAUAAAUUUGCAAUUAAAGUAAAUGGUCCAUUUCAUUUUAUGCAAAGAUGUUUGUCACAGAUUCCACCACCUCUAACUGCAUCUUCUAUGUUCAAAGAGAGGUAUGUAAAUGUAUUGCUAAAAAAGAUGGGUUGGAUUGUCUCUAACAUAAACUACUGGGACUAUGCUACAUGGUUCCCUUUUGAGAAGAAGAAAUGUACCCUUUUUAAUGCACUCCCUGACAAACUCAAAGAAUUGUGUAACAAAAAUGUAGUGGAAACUUGUAACACUGCCAAAUAA